GCCUAAAACAAAACAAAGGGCAAAACAGAUAACAAAAGAACGCACUCACAACAAAGGAAACAUAACAGAACUCUUCAUCAUCAUUUCAACUCAAAAAAACAAAAAACAGAGAAAAAGAAAGAAAAGAUAAUAAAGAGAGAAAUAAAAGCAAGAAGAAGAAGAAGGGUUUUGAUUGAACAAGAUGAGUGAACAACAAAGUAACAGCAACAAUCAAUUGGUAGUUCAGAAUUCAGGAAGUUUAAGCUUCAGUAGUCAUUUGUCUAAGGAAGAUGAAGAGAUGUCAAAGUCUGCUCUUUCAACUUUUAGGGCUAAAGAAGAAGAAAUUGAAAAGAAGAAGUUGGAAGUUAGAGAGAAGGUUCAGUUUCAGUUAGGUCGUGUUGAAGAAGAAACCAAACGUCUUGCAACAAUUCGUGAGGAGCUUGAAGCACUUGCAGAUCCAAUGAGGAAGGAAGUUUCAGUUGUUAGAAAGAGGAUUGAUUCAAUAAACAAAGAAUUAAAGCCACUUGGUCAUAACUGCCAGAAGAAGGAGAAAGAAUACAAAGAUGCUCUUGAAGCUUUUAAUGAAAAGAAUAGGGAAAAAGUACAGCUAAUUACUAAAUUAAUGGAGCUGGUGAGCGAAAGCGAAAGAUUGAGGAUGAAGAAGCUGGAGGAGCUGAGUAAGAACAUAGAUUCAAUGCAAAUGCAAUGAUUUAGCAUAACUGCUAGUGAAUGAAUCUGAUUAGUCUUGUGUGGUAUAUUAAAAAUGGUGACAUAGUAUAUUUAUAUGUAUGGGUGUCUUGUGCUUGUGUAAUUUUGUGAUCAUGUAAUUUGUUUUAACUAGCAUUUGGUUUCAUAUGGGAUGUUAGCUAAUUUAGGAGGGUUAUAUGCAUACCCUACAAACAGGCUUGUAACUAAAUACUUUGCAUUUUGUUAUUUUUUUUUUACCUUACUAUGCUUUAAUUUGUUGCUCCUUAUUUAAUUUAUUGAUGUAAUUUGAAUUUUGUGGUGAA